AUGGUGGGAUACCAUUCGCCUACCUUCAAUCUAUUACUUUGUUUCCAUUUCAUAUCAGUUUUAUGUUCUCCUUCUUCACCAACACAUUUGUGCUCUCCUAACCAAAGUGCUGCCUUGUUCCAAUUCAAAACCCACUUUUCCAUUAACCAAACUGCUUCUAAAGAUUGUGAAUAUUCUUAUCCUAAGGCUAAGACCACCUCAUGGAAGAAGGGUACAGAUUGCUGCUUAUGGGACGGAGUGAGUUGUGACAACAUCACCGGUGAAGUCAUCAGCCUUGACCUCAGUUGCAGUUGCCUUUCUGGCACAUUCCCUUCCAACACCACCUUUUUCCUCCUUUCAAGUUUGCAGAGGCUGGAUUUAUUCUUCAAUGAUUUCAGGAAAUCCAAAAUUUCCUCCAACUUCGGUCGCUUUCCAAGCUUAACACAUCUUAACCUUUCCUAUUCAUGGUUUUCAGGUCCUGUUCCCCACGAAAUCUCCUAUCUCUCCAAUUUAGUUUCACUGCAUCUUUCCGACCGUCCAAUUUCAGAUCUCAUUGGCUUUCAAGCGCCUGGACCAAUUUUGAAACUUGAAAAAUCCGCUGUAAACGGAAUAGUGCGGAACUUGACAAAGGUAAGGGAGAUCUAUUUGGAUGGAAUAGACAUGUCAUCCAUUGAUCCUAAUUCCUUCGUCAAUCUUUCUUACUCUCUCACAUCUCUCAGUCUUUUUGGUUGUCAUUUGCGGGGAAAAUUGCCAGACAACAUUUUCAAACUUCCCAACAUCGAGUACCUGAGUUUGGAUGAAAACUCUAAACUCACUGGUCAGUUUCCAAAAUCCAAUUGGAGCAGUCCCCUAGUGAUUUUGAGCGCAUCCUUUACGUCUUUGUCUGGAGAAUUGCCUGAAUCAUUUGGAGAUUUAAAGUGUUUAGCGGGUUUGGAUCUAUUGUCUAGUAACUUCUCUGGAUCAAUUCCUAGAUCACUAGGAAAUCUAACUCAGCUAGGAUUCUUAUUCCUUUCACAUAACUAUUUUAGUGGUAAGAUUCCUUCUUCACUUACAAACCUCGCAAAACUGAGCCUUCUUUCCCUUGAAUGGAACCAAUUAGAGGGCUCUCUUCCUGAUACCCCAAAUGCAUUUCCAAAUCUAGGCUUUCUUGAUUUAUCUAAUAAUUUACUCAGUGGUACAACGCCAUCUUGGCUUUAUACCAUUCCUCUUGUACUUUUAAAUCUUGGAAACAAUCAAUUCAUUGGUCAUAUCAGUGAAUUCCAAAAUAGACUUUUAAGUUUGAACAUGUUAGUUUUGAAAAAUAACAGCUUUCGAGGUCCGAUUCUAAGCUCAAUUUCUAAACUUGUGAACCUCUCUUUCCUUGAUUUAUCGUCGAAUAAACUCAACGGUACAAUAAGUUCGGACAUGUUCUCAGAGCUUCACAGUCUCCAAUAUCUUGAUCUUUCAUCUAAUACCCUGUCGCUGAGCUCCAACAACAGCGUCACUUAUGUCUUACGUAAUCUUGAGCAUGUAAAUUUAAGUUCAAACAUCUUCAAUGAACUUCCUAGAUUUUUACAAGGGUCAAAAAAUUUAAGUGUUUUAGACUUUUCCAAUAAUAGAAUUCGUGGCCGACUGUCCAAAUUUCCUUGGAAAGACAUUGAGUUAUUAAACCUCCGCUCGAAUUUCAUUGAAGGUGAUCUACCGGAAUUACCCCCUAAUAUCAGAUUCCUAUCAGUCUCAAACAAUAGUUUGACUGGAACGUUGUCAGGUAUAUGCAAUACGAAAUUUAUUGAGAUUCUCGAUUUGUCUCAUAAUGAUUUCAGUGGAGUCAUCCCACAAUGCAUCGGAAGCUUUAGCCAGAGUCUUUCAUCGUUGAACUUGAAGAUGAAUAAGCUCCAUGGAGCCAUUCCCUCGACAUUUGCUAAAGGAUGUGCAUUGAAGAAUCUGAACUUGAAUAGCAAUCAUUUGGAAGGGCCAUUGAAACCUUCAAUCACCAACUGCAAAGACUUGCAAGUUCUAGAUGUUGGCAACAACAUGAUAAAUGAUAGCUUUCCUCAUUGGAUCGAGGCAUUAUCAGAGUUACAAGUUCUUGUACUUCGUUCCAACAAAUUCCAUGGUCCAAUAACGGCUCCUACGAGUCCUCAAUCUCUUCUGAAAUUGCGAAUAGUUGAUCUCUCCUGCAACAACUUUUUUGGUCCUCUGCCAACCGGCUACAUAAAAAAUUUCAAAGGAAUGAUCAAUAUUCUUGACGAUGGCAAAGGUGUGAGAUACAUGGGGGAAAGAAAUUACUCGUAUGAUUAUUCUGUUGCUAUAGCUGUUAAAGGGUUUGAGAUUGAAUUGAUGAAGAUUUUAACUAUUUUCACAAGCAUUGAUCUCUCAAGCAACAACUUUGAAGGACAGAUUCCAAGAGACAUCGGAGAGCUUAGUUCGCUACGAGGUCUUAAUCUUUCUCAUAACAAUCUCGUUGGGCAUAUACCAUCAUCACUUAGAAACAUGACUAGGCUUGAAUGGUUGGAUCUUUCGUCCAAUAAGUUGAGUGGGCAAAUUCCAACGGGAUUGCUAGAUUUGACCUUCCUUUCCUCCUUCAACGUUUCAUAUAAUCAACUUGUUGGACCCAUACCAAAAGGCAAGCAGUUCAACACUUUUGAAAAUGGUUCGUACCAUGAAAAUGAGGGCUUAUGUGGCGUUCCACUCUCUAGAGGCUGCAACAACAACGUGUUGGGGCAACCACCUCCUGCACCGUGGAUGAACUCUGAAGAAGACGAUGGCUCAAAGCUUGAAUUUGGGUGGAAAGCUGUUGCGAUCGGUUAUGGAUUUGGAUUCAUAUUUGGAGCGGCAAUCGGAUGUGCUCGUCUUAGAACCGGUAAGCCCAAAUGGCUCGUGACCUUGUUUGAAGCUCGAAGACGAAGAAGGUGA